GACAUUCUCCAAAACAAAACAUUUUUUGAGAGAUCGAUCUCGAGAGAAAAUGGUGAAGGCAUGCGAACAAGUAGACUGAAGAAGCCGAUUGUUCUUCUCACUAUCGCACUAUUGAGCUCUGUCUUCUUCUUCGCAUUCUUCUUCCUAAACAAAUCUGACGUAUCAUCUACCUCUGCUUUACGGAACCGAGACUCCAUGGCUCGAACCUUCAUCUUAUGGCUUCACGGGCUAGGUGAUUCCGGACCUGCCAACGAACCCAUCAAAACACUUUUCAGGUCCCAGGAGUUUAGAAACACUAAGUGGCUCUUCCCUUCUGCUCCACCAAAUCCAGUCUCUUGCAAUUAUGGUGCAGUGAUGCCUUCUUGGUUUGACAUCCCUGAGCUUCCUCUUACUGCGGGAUCUCCGAAAGAUGAAAGCAGUUUGCUUAAAGCAGUUAAGAACGUUCAUGCCAUUAUAGAUAAGGAGAUUGCAGGAGGAAUCAAUCCAGAAAAUGUGUAUAUCUGUGGAUUUAGCCAAGGAGGUGCAUUAACCUUGGCGAGUGUUCUUCUUUACCCUAAAACUAUUGGAGGAGGUGCAGUCUUUAGCGGAUGGAUUCCAUUCAAUUCUUCGAUCACCAAUCAGUUUACCGAAGAUGCUAAAAAGACACCAAUCUUGUGGUCUCAUGGCAUUGAUGACAAGACUGUACUAUUCGAAGCUGGUCAAGCAGCUCUUCCUUUUCUUCAACAAGCGGGUGUGACUUGUGAAUUCAAGGCUUAUCCGGGUCUUGGACACUCAAUCAGUAAUGAGGAGCUGCAGUAUCUGGAGUCAUGGUUAAAACAACGGAUGCAGAGCUCUUCUUCUUCUUCAUAAAAUGGUUUUUAAAGGCAACUUUGUACUCAAGGUAACAACAUCCUAGUACCUAUCAAGAUUAGAAGAAAAAUGAUAACAUCAGCUCAUCUCUGGUCCAAGUUUCUCUAUCAUGAAAACCGGUUCUGGUUGAACCAAUCUUGUUUGGUUAUGUAAACCGUUACUUUUGUUAACUACAACAUUUUGCGUACUUUGCAUUGAUUUGAAAAAUUAUAUGUCAACACUAGAAUUCUUUUAUUUAGUCAACAAAUCAAGUGACUACAU